CGACUUCUUCUUCCUCUCCAGGCAAAAGUUGACCAAUGGUGGCAAACGAAAUACAAUUUUCAUUUCAUGUGCUAGCCAGUUAAAGCAGGCUCUUCUGGCGUCUCGCCAUUUACACUCUAUCUUUCCCAUUUUUCAAAGCCAGGCACUUCUCUGAAGACUGAGGGGCAUAGAUGGACAGAAUGCCACCCCACCUUGUAACAUGGAAGUUUGGCAUGAGCCGUCAUUAGUAGGCAUAUUGGCAGAUUUAUUGAGCCGGAUGAUUAUACAAACGGGCUCCUAAGGAACUGAUUUACCACUCUGCUGAAUACAGUUUUACGAAAUCAAUGCUUGUGCGGUAAUAGAGUAUCAGAACCGAAGGCUGUCCCAGUAUUUCUUUCAGAGCCAGUGCGGGGCAUUCGCGGGCCGCGGGGCAGAGUGGAAUAGCAUCAGUACCCAUCCGACUCAUUAAGCAGCAUUUGUCAUUGCUUUCAUAUUACCUGUAGACUUUCCGACAGCUUCGAUAUAUGGUUCUGCCAAUUCAACAUCACUGACCCAAGCAUCAAAGCAUAUCUCUCAUCAUGUUUACCGGAAUUGUUGAAGAAGUGGGAGUUGUGUCCAACCUCAACACCAAUGACUCAACAGGAGGCACCUCUCUGACCAUUUCCAUUCCUCCUGGCUCAACGCUCCUCUCAGACUGCCAUGACGGUGACUCCAUUUCUGUCAACGGCGUCUGCCUUACAGUCACAUCCUUCACCCCCGAGGCUUUCACGAUUGGCGUUGCCCCCGAAACUCUACGCAUCACCAACUUGGGCGAUCUCAAGGAGGGCAGUAACGUCAACCUUGAGCGUGCUGUUAGGGCUGAUACCCGCAUGGGCGGCCACUUUGUUCAGGGUCACGUUGACACCACUGCGGAAAUCCUCUCUGUUGAGAAGGAUGGCAAUGCCUUGACCUUCCGGUUCCAACCAGCCCGCAAGGAUAUGCUACGCUACAUUGUAUACAAGGGGUUUAUCGCAAUCGAUGGCACAAGCUUGACUGUCACCAAGGUUAACGAUGACGAAGCAUGGUGGGAGGUUAUGCUGAUUGCGUACACCCAAGAGAGGGUUGUCGUGGCACAGAAGAAGAAGGGCGACACUGUCAAUGUUGAGGUUGAUAUGAUGGCCAAGUAUGCAGAGAAGUCUCUAGGCGGUGUUGUUGGCUCGGAACCGGGAGCUGCUGCCUCGUUUCCCUUUAUUGAGAAGAUCGUCGAGAGAAUCGUGGCCCAGGGAUUCGGCAGAAAGCCAUGAGCUUGAUAGAUUUAAUCAUUAAAGGUUUAUUCGUACUUCUCAUAAUCUUGGGUAUCACUAUGCUCAUGAAUCCUACUGGCUUGAUACCAUUGACACUUAAAUACAAUUGCCUUGAAAACACCGACCAUUCCAUCCUGUUGGUACCGUCUGCCUUUCACUAUAAUCAGAAUAUCUCUCUUUUCCAGUAUGCGUACACGUUAGCCUCAUCGCACAUAUACAAAAUUAUUAUGCGUCACCCCAGACUUCUGCAAUUUUGGUGCUCAAAGGCUUGGUAAACUUCUUUCGACC